AUCCUAUUGACGUUGCAAAGACGCAAGCACUUGAUGCGGAAAGAACUUCAAGUUUCAGACAGCCCUUCAGACUUCUGUGAUUUUAAAGAGGAACUUCCUUCACUAGCAGAUUAGCAAAAAUCAGAACCUACUUAGCUAAGGUAACAGAGGAGCCAAGACUUGAGAAAAGAGAGAAGGAUCUGAGAUGCUUUCAACUGACCAAUUCAAAGAGCAAUCUUUCUCUAUCGCAAAGAAGCUCGUAUCCUGGGCCUCAUUUGCUCUCCUUUCCCUAGCUCUUUUUACCUUGUAUUUUUUCACCAUACCCUCCUCCCACUUUACAGCUGAGGAGCUUCUUCUAAACAGCUCCAUUAUCAGUGCGACUCCAACAAUCAACUCCUCAUCAUCAUCAUCAUCAUCAUCAUCUUCUUCUUCCCCCCCACCAAGAGAAGAGGAGAGGACUAAUGUCCAAACUACAUGCGACUACAGCAAUGGAACAUGGGUCCCUGACAAAAUGGGCCCUUUGUACAAUGGUACAAGCUGUGGUACAAUUUCUGAUUCCCAGAAUUGCAUGAUUCACGGGAGGCCUGACUUGGGUUACCUCGAUUGGAGGUGGAAACCCCAUCAAUGCAACAUUCCCAGGUUUGAGCCCCAAACAUUUCUCCAAAUCCUAAGGAACAAACAUUUGGCUUUUGUGGGUGAUACCAUGAGUAGAAACCAAGUGGAGUCUCUCAUUUGUAUGUUAGCUACCGUCUCUACUCCUCGACUUUUGUACAGUUAUAGCGACAAUGAUAAGUAUAUCCGGCAAAAGUUUCGUCGAUGGUACUUCCCUUCUCACAAUGUCAGUAUAUCAGCUUAUUGGUCACCAUUUCUCGUACACGCAAUCGGAAAAACAGAUAGUGUGAACUACAAUAGAGUCUACUUGGAUUCUUUGGAUGAGCGGUGGGCGUCAUAUUUGGAUCAGAUGGAUAUUAUUUUCCUAUCACCGGGACAUUGGUUCCUACAACCGGCUGUUUAUUUUGACGGUAAUUCUACACUGGGUUGCCAUAUGUGCACAGGCCAAAAUUACGCUGAAGUUGGAUUUUAUGAUGUAUUCGGGAAAAUACUCAAGAUUACCCUCAACACGAUAGUCGAAAGCCGGGGUGGGAGUACGAAUGGCAUCGGCGUAAUCAUGACUACUUUUUCACCCCAGCAUUUUGAAGGCGAGCGGGACGAGUUUGGGGCGUGUCCCAAGACUCGGCCUUUUGAGGAGGGAGAGAAGAAGGUUGAAGGGAUGGAUGCGGAGCUGAGAAGAAUAGAGGUAGAAGAAAUGGAAGCGGUGAAAGAAAACGCGAAGAAAUUCGGAAAACGAAUAAGGCUGGAAGUUUUGGAUGUGACAAAAUUAUCACUAUUGAGAGGAGAUGGGCACCCUGGGCCUCAUCUGUUUGCUAGUCCAUUUGCUAAUAAUGGAACUGAAGAGAGAGUGCAAAAUGAUUGUGUCAACUGGUGCUUACCGGGACCAGUUGAUACAUGGAACGAGAUUUUGUUGCAUCUGAUGAAGAGAUGGGACCUCGGCUGACUGUGUUUCUUACCUAGACUUUGUUAUUUGUUGGCUGGCUUGAUUUGCUUUCUUUGGUUGCAUUUUUAGCCUCUGCUGAAAUCAAAUGGCUCCAUUUCCGAAACCUUUCUGAUUCGCGGCUCCGUCUAGCUAUGGCUUCUUCCUUUUUGACUGUUAGGUGUACGAAUGAUUUCCAUUAGGUGGUUAUGCGUUCACUUGUUUAAAGGAAGAAAAAGAUUUUAAAAUAAAAUAAAAUUGAGAAUGUGUGUAUUUUUCUAUUUUAUUGGAGGUUUUAAUAGAAAUUUUUUCUAGAUUUGAA